CGCACGGGCACGGGUACGCGCCUCUUUUACCGUGCCUGUACACACGAUUACGUUGCCGCAUACACGGUCCGUGUCGUACGUCCGUUUCCGUCGUGUGUUUCGUCCUCGCGGUAAACUGCUCGUGUCUUCGUGACAGUGAGAUUACUCUUCCCGUCGGUGGGCACGAGACUCGGGGCGAAUUCAAGGAGCAGCUCGACGAACCAGUGACCAACGGGCAUCACGGACGCGGUACCAGAGAGUCAUCGUCUCGAUGGCAGUUACGACCGGUCGAUGCUGAAAGCAGCCAUGAGCCACUGAAGGGGCCUUUCCGCCUCGCGAAAGUGGAUGAGAAGCGGCGAGAAGGAAGAUGAGAGUCCGCGAAAGUUGAAGUAAAAACCUGCACAACGAACAGCAACAGCCUGCCUCGUCCAUUGCGACCAGCCAAAUAUCUCACGUUAAGAUGACAUAGAAUGGGUUGGGUGGCGCUAGGGCGGUGUGCGGGUGGUGGCGGCCGCCUCUCGUCCGUCCUCUCGCUGUCUCUCACCUCCCUCGCAAGCUCCCUCAUCUUCACCAUCCUCUGUAUCCUCACACUUGCCCUCACUCUUGUCACCCUCGUGCGUGCCGAGGACAUCUUCGAGGAGGGCAAGUCGGACAAGGAGAUCCUGGACAACCUGCUGCUGUCGACGCGUUACGACAAGCGGCUUCUGCCCCCGGUCCAAGGUACACUGAGGCCCCCGCCCCAUACCCGCCAAGACGACUACACCCCUGACUACCUCGUACCCAAUCACCCUGACCAUCCAGAGCACCUCGAACAUCACCGGCACCGCUACCACCACACAGCACCACACAACCACAGCUCACUGCUCACCCCUCGUCAAAAGGAUGCGGAUUUCUGCUGCGGAAUGCGAUGGCCUGGUGACGCCACCAGCCUGUCGAACCGGUCGUCGACCUCCUCUAACGACCCCAAGAACCAGUACAAGAACCAGAACAAUAACCACUACACGUCGCACCAACACCUUCACCGCACCCACCUUCGCGGUACCUUGACCGUGAACGUGAGCGUGCUGUUGCUAAGUUUGGCUUCCCCCGACGAGUCCAGUUUGAAAUACGAGGUGGAGUUCUUGCUGCAACAACAGUGGUACGACCCGCGGCUUCGUUACAGCAACCGAUCGCAGUACGAGUUCUUGAACGCGAUCCAUCACUACGACGAUAUCUGGUUACCGGACACGUACUUCAUAAUGCACGGAGACUUUAAGGAUCCACUUAUACCCGUUCACUUCGCCCUCCGGAUAUACCGCAACGGCACGGUCAACUACCUUAUGAGGCGUCACCUAAUCCUAUCCUGCCAGGGUAGACUUAAUAUCUUCCCCUUCGACGACCCACUGUGUUCAUUCGCGAUCGAGAGCAUAUCGUACGAGCAAACGGCGAUCACGUACGUGUGGAAGAACGACGAGGGUACCUUGCGGAAAAGUCCGAGCCUGACGUCGCUGAACGCGUACCUCAUUAAAAACCAGACAAUCACGUGUCCGAUCAAAGUAAGCUGGCGAGCUGACGGACAGAUCAUCGUCGACUACGAGGACGAGUUCGAUGAAUUUGGGGACUCAAAGUGCUCGCUGUGCCAGCGCAGGUUUGAGGAGCAAGGUAACUACAGCUGCCUGAAGGUGGAUCUGAUUUUCACGCGAGAUCGUGCCUUCUACUUCACGACGGUCUUCAUACCGGGGAUCAUUCUGGUGACCAGCUCCUUCAUCACCUUCUGGCUCGAGUGGAACGCCGUGCCAGCGCGAGUAAUGAUCGGCGUGACGACGAUGCUCAAUUUCUUCACGACGUCGAACGGUUUCCGGUCGACGUUGCCCGUCGUGUCGAACCUGACUGCCAUGAACGUAUGGGACGGCGUGUGCAUGUGCUUCAUCUACGCCAGCCUUCUCGAGUUCGUUUGCGUCAACUACGUAGGUCGCAAGCGGCCGAUGCACAACGUCGUCUAUCGUCCCGGAGAGAAUCCCGUCACCCAGGGUAAAAAGAAGCGAGAGGGCGGUCCACCAACCGGAGGCACGACAGGACCGAACGAGAUCGUGACCUGCACCAACUGUGGACCUAAUCCUUGCACGCACACGGCCACCAAUGGAUGCACCGCCGAGGUGUCUCUGUUCCAGCUGCGAAAGAAGGAGCCACCGCAUCCGAUAAGAGUAGCAAAAACGAUCGACGUGAUAGCACGAAUCACCUUCCCGGUCGCCUAUUUCAUGUUCCUCACCUUUUUCUUCAUCCACUACAAGGGCUCCUCGUAGACUGGCACCUGAGGCGACCGUCGAUCAUCGAGUAGACGAACUCUAUCGCGAGUAGACGCGUCCGUUAACGAUACUUCGAAGCUGGUCCGUGGAAAGAAGAGCCCUGGGACGGAGGAUCGAGAACGGUCGGGGAAGCCCAGACACGAAAGUGUUCGAGCCGCGAGAUCGAAGAAAACGUGUGUUCGACGAUUUGUUCCGCGAAGAACGCCGAAAUAGCGAAGGGGGGGGGCGUCUUUUCCUCGACUUCGAGAGGUUGAACGAGGCGGUCGCGUAGAAAAACUGUCGAGUCGAUGGAUUUGCCUCGUUUUCAUCUUUUCUCACAUGUGAUAACUCUUUAAAGCACCCCCUAUUUCCCCGAUAAAAGGUCGAUCCGGCGGGUGAUCGAUUACGAACACACACGUACACACACAUGCGACACUCGAUGGGCACGCGUAUACGGAAACGGAGGAAUAAAAAAAAAAAAAUGAAAAAAAAGAAAGACGGGCGAAGAACCAACCAAACACGAGAUAUACACGCUUCGUUUUCUUUUAAUUUCUCUUCUAUCGUCGGUUAGUCACGCCGCUGAUUCUCGACGUUGAUAUAUGCUUCUGACAAAUUAGCUGAACGAAUCAAACUCUAUUCGCUUAAGGGAACGUGUUAUACUUGUUCGUACGAUGUCACUACAAAUAGGAGAAGGUCGAUGCAAGUGUCGUCCAUGAAAUCGCUAACUCGUGAUUCGCCUUUUACUUAAAGAUCGACCUCUUUUUUUCCGGUAUCUUGUCGAUUUGAACGGCAAUCGCGGCAAAUUCAACGUGAUCGCAGGUUAGCUCUGUACUCUGUAGACCUUUUGAGAAAAGAAAAGAAAUAAAAGAAAAAAAAAAAAAAUACAGACGUUCGCUUUUAAACUAAGGGAGCAGGGCUGCAACAAUUCCGCUGUACAAAAAGAAACAAAUAUAUAUACGAUUUAUAUGUAUAUAUACAUAUACGUGUAUACAUAUAAAUUUGGUUAAUCAAUCGUCGUUCCGUCGAAGCUUUUCGGUAGAUAUUAUUGCGUAUACGUAACGUACAUAAUAUAUGUAUAUAUACACACGUGUAUACAACGGUGGACAGAAGUUUUACGCGGUUAGUUCUGAGAUUUCAUUCGCUCACAUUUGGUAAAAAAUUCUUUCGCGAUAUUGAAAUAUAAAACAAACGAAAAUCUGAAUUUUGUUCUUUCACAGAGAAAUUUUUAUUAAAUUCAUACGUUGUAUAGAAAUAUUGCUCCACUCUGUUUCGAUUAUAAUAUAUAAAUUUCUUUCCUCGUGAAGAGGAAAUCCACGAAGAAGAAGACAGUCUAAAACUUUUGUACGCUGUCGUAUAUACAUAUACAAUUACUCCCACUCGUAUUCGUACACUAUAAUGGUGAUUAGCUGUAAAUAAGUGAAGCUUGUUUCUUAUUAAUUGAACCGUUGUGUUUGGUACGAGUCCAUGUUUUCGUACAUUGAAAUAUUUAAGGGUUAUGUUUGAAUAAAUUAGGGAUAAAACUGUGGACGGUUGCGUGGCACGUUGGUAACACUGGCUCGCGCCUGAUCAUUGAAGUGGAAGCUGCAUUCUCGGUGCAGUCGAGUUAGGAUUGGUGACCGACCACUAGGCGGAGAAAAACGUGUAUAUUGGCAUUAUUUGUAUACUGUUUAUACGAUAACCAGUGUUGCAAUUAGGAAUUAAUUUAUAAGUGAAUUUACAGAGGUGUAAUAAACACAACAUUGGAAAGAAUUCAUAAGUAACAAGCUUAAUAGCGAAUCGCCAUUAUAGGCGUACGAAUACGAGUGGGAAUAAUGUUCUUUCGAUCGUUCAGAGUAGCUUUCGCGGCUGGAUAGCUUUAAAGAUUCGUAUCCCAGUUAUACGAUCGACGCAAUAAAUGACGAGAAAACGAUAUACGAACCAAAAACCAAAAAAAUGAUAGCUCGAAAGCAAGCUCGCGAAAUGGUUUUCGUUUGGUUUUUUCUUAUUCGAUGAAUGUUCGAACGAAGCGAGACAGAAACACGGGAUAACGCGACGGGGGGAAGAAAUUUAACGUAUUACGGGUAAAGCUUGCGAUUAGGUGUAACGAAGUGCCGAUGCUGUAACGCUUUGCCCGCGCAGGAUUACAAACCUUAGAAGAAUCCGGUAGAGGUUAUGUGUGUCGUGAAGAUGUCAGCGAAGUUCGAUCGUAACGUUGAAAGUAAUUACGAAACAUGGCGCUGUCUGGAACGGUGAAUUUAAAAAAGAAAAGUUAAAAAAAAAUGAGAAAAAAAGAAACGAACUCUUUUUAGGAUCGUAUACUCGUGAGUACAACAUUCGACGUUUCUCCGAGCGACCCGUGUACCUUUAGAGAUAUCUUAUAUCGCUAUGAUACUAUCGACGCUGUCGUUAUUAUUACUAUUACUACCACUAUUACUAUUAUUACUAUUACUACCAUUACCUGUAAGAGAAAAUAACUGUUAUUACCACUAUAUUACUUGAUACCGCUGCUACCGUACUACUGUAUCGUUAUUAUCGCUAACUUCUAAACCAUAGUUCUUAUUACGGACCUUCGGAUGGAUUGUACAAGCCAUAUCGAUCGCAGACCAAAGAGACUAGAAACUCCCAAGAAUUUAUUCCAAGUAUUUCAAGUUUUCGGAGCGGCUCUGCUGUACGAUCGAAAGAUCGAUAGGAACGGGAUUUAACGAUUUCAGCAAGCUCAAUAUAACGUUACACGACAAACACACAAAAAAAAAUAUUGUCUUACGUGUCUAGGAUAAUCAGAUUCAAAUACCUUAUAGUUAUAUCGGUCGCGGGCAAUGACUCCAUCACGACCAGGUGCGUCUCAUUCUGAUUCUUUUUAUACAAAAGAGCCAAAAAAAAAAAAAAUGUUCCAACGUUCGUAAACACGCUUGAAAAAUUGUUGAGAGACGAAGAUUCGUUUGACAAGCCCUCGAGAAGAUACGUUUUUAUGGUGUCAUUGUGGGCAAUAUAAUUAUACUGUAUCCGCUAUAUUUAUUACGAUUAUAAUUAGGAUCGUAGAUGAUAAUUCGUACGAAUGCCAACGGGCAUCGUAAAAAUAAGCUUCUCUUAAAUAUGGCGCCGAUUUGAAACGAGUAUAUCCGAGGAUAACGCGUAAUCGACACAACGAAUAUUGCGUAGAAUCGAGUUCGACGAUCAGGAAAAAAAAAACGAUCGAUUCUCGACGAGGAAAAUUAUAUUUCAUCGGGGACGUUUAUAAUCGUACGAGAGCGUCGAUCUUCGUCCAGACUCGGUGGAUUUUCUCGAAUAUUUUCCAACCGGUGAAAUUACGUUCGAGGGCACCGAGCCUGGAGAAUCGAUGGUAAAAGGAAUAAACUUAUUACUACUAAACUUAUUACUACGUUUUAUAUGCGUCACCUGCCGUGAGUGAACAAGCUGUCGUUUAGGUGAUAGGGAGCGUUGGUAAAUAAAUUAAUUAAUGUCGUUAACAUUUAAUACUCCACGGACCAAGACACGUAAUCCUAACUCUUUAGCGUCAUAUAAUUAAUUAGCUGUGCACGUAUGCGAGCCGAGGCGGGGCUCCCCCACGAAAAUUAAUAACCGAUUCGUCCUUCGUUUCGCAUCUAAUUAAUUACGGUAUCAUUUUCCAAUUGUAUCGCUGAGAGAAAGACGAGAAUCAACAAUCUCUCGAACGACACUCGUUGAUUUUAUCGACGAUCAACUUAACACUUUAUCGACCGUGUCCAAUGGUUACCGACCGGUUUUCGUUUCGACAAAAUGAUUAUUGAAUAAUAUUUUAAUUACUGUACUUUGAUGUUAAGCGUUAGAAACCGCGAAACGAAAGGCAAAUCGUCGCCGGAGAGCCUCGCCGACGAAUUUUUCACGAUUGAUUUCUUACACCGAUGCGUAGGCGGCGAAUGUCGAGAAUUCGUCGCUUGCACGUAAACGUUCGAUCUUUUCCGAGAGCUUAAGCGGCUUGUACCGAUGCGUUUCCAGCCGAUAUCCAACGUUAAAGUUAAUGUUAUCGUAAAAAGUCUGUACGUUCGGUUUUUAUCCGCGUCCCUCCGUUAAACCCCUCGAAACACGACGCAACUUUCGAUCUCGAAGUUUAAAUUUACGAAGUAGAAAAAAAGACAUCGAAGAAAUAGGUAGACAUCUGUUACACGGUUGUAAAAUGUGAGUCGUUUGUGGAUCGAUAGAUGGAACGUGCGUCGUGCUCGAAGGGUUCAGUGCAGUUGAUGCACAUUCGUGGGAAUUUUGGUCAUGCGCACUGGAGUAUACACUUGACUAGAAUUUAGGAUACCGUUGGAUCCUAAUAAGAAACAAAAUUUAAGGAAGUUAGAGACAAAAACAAAAAAUUUCCUCUUAAACUACAUGAGUGUAGCUAGAGAAAUACGUAUGGGAUCUUCGAUAAGUUAAUUUUUGUGUGAUUGGCGAGCAUUUGAAGUAGAAAGUUCAAUUUUGUACAAAACAUGAGAAUUCGCUAAAGAUACAUCUAUGGUAGCGGACGAGAGCUUACGCGUGCGCAGAAAGGAAUCCCGCGAGGGAAAAUUCCAGUGCGCAUGUCCAAAGUUUCCACGAGUGUCCGUCGCUGAUCGCUGGUUCAGUGCUUCAGAUUCUGUACGACGAAGCUGAUCCUCGAGAAAUCGAAAGUCAUUCCUAGGAGGUAUUGUGAGAAAAGGUUCUAGUUUCUCGCGAAAGAAAAUUGAUCUACAGCGAACGAACGAACCGCGAAAGGAAAUUCGAUCCGUCGAGUGGGUCUUCAAUGAGCAGAAAUACGUUCUGCAUUCCGCAUCGAAACUGAUUUUUUAGGUUAACCGUUGAUCGGAUUGUGAUCAACGACACGUGGCUUCUCGCACCGGCGAAGUUUCUACCACGCGAUUUUUUGCACGGUUUUACGCGAACCAAGCUCGAAUACCAGAACACCCCGCGCAUCCCUUCUUUCGAUCGUCUCGUCCGUUGUUUCGAAAUUGCUCGAUCUGUCGUGGCGUCGCGUCGCGUCGCGUCGGUUGCGACUCCCGAGCGGAGCAAUCGCGUUAGGAUUAAUCGAUCGGUCGAUAUUAUUUCACGGACAAGCAGAAUCGAGAAAAGGAAAUCGAUAUUCAACGUCCAUUUUAUUUCUAUCCGUUUCUCUUUGGUAAAUAACAAUGAAACUGUAUCGAUUUUGCGAUUCUUUGCGUCGAAUCCGACCGAGUUCGAUCACGCCUAUUCUUUCCCGAUACGAGGAACAAAAAUAACGACUUAGUGUGCCAUUGCAAUUACGUGGAACGUUUAAACGUAGCUAGGACGAGGUGGAGGGGUGAUUUCAAGGAGAAACGAGCGAUAAUUUAAAUCUAGUCAGAGUGUAAGGGGAGAGAGAGAGAGAGAGGCUCUCGAAGAAACUUAUCAUUGUACGGUCGAAGAGUGCUUAAUGGUUAGAAAGAAACGAAGAAGACAAAGUACGUGCAUGAUUAUGUACAUGUUAGAGUUAAAUGUCCGAAAUCUGCUACUGCUACUUGUUACUGCUCGGAAUGAUGCUUUGAUCCAAACAGCGUUCAGGGUACCAGUAGUUUCAAAGUAUUUCAAAAAAAAAAAAAAAAAAAAAAAAAAAUGAAAAAGAAAAAAAAGAACAAAUGUUCAACGAUCGAUCGUCGCUCGUGAUCGAGUGGAUCUCGCAGAGCCAUCGGCGACAAUGAUUGUCGGACAUUUACGAGUAGCAUAAACGUCCACGUGCGUACAGGGUGAUCCAAAAUACGCGGUAUAUUCCCGAGGGAGUCGCUUCUCUUUUUGGCACACCUUGUAUCCUUUCCAGUCUAUCCGAUUUUAUUCUGGUUAUUUUUAUACCUUUUCACUGCGUCUGCCAAAGGGUAGAAGGCACAGAUUCUGUGUUACGCGAUUAUAAUAUACGUACAUGUAUGAUAUCAGUGCCGCCUAUCGCAAAGCUUCGUUACUAAAUGCGUCUGACGAUAGCAGGGGGGGCAAAUAGGAGCCACGGGCGUAACGAUUUUUCGUACAAUUGUCUCUACAACCGUCGUCGAUACGACAGUUUGAACAAUGUUCGCGGCUCGAACACAUUACGACACAUUGUAGAAGAAAUCUUUGCGCCCCGCAGCUCCUGAAUGAGCGAUCGUGGCCGAUGGAAACGAGUAAACCGUAUUAGAUAUGAGCCUUAUAAACGCUAAUUCAUUAGAAAUCGACAUUUUACGAAUAUUAUGCAAUAUCGAGAGAGCGAGUGUACGUCUGUGUGUGCGUGCCAGUGAGAGAGAACGAGAAAAAGAAUUCUCUUAGUUUAGAAUUCGCAUUGUUGAUCCGAUAUUCACCGUUACAGUUUAUCGACACGUUAUUAUUUAUUGCGAGCUGUAUAAUUACUACGAAUAGUAUCGUUAAAUCGUUAAUUUAAUCGUGAUUUAUCACAAUUUCAUUCAUCGUAGCUGAAAUUUUUCUUAUUAUCAUCGAUCAUCAUUCGUCAUCAUCGUCUCGUAUAUUUCGUAUUAUAUCGCGCAAUUCUGACGAUUAAUGUACACCGUCGCAGUUGUUACUUGUAAUUAUUAAAAAUUACUCGUUCGCAGUUACCUAUUACGUAUUGAAAUUGUUCGAGACAACGCGCAAGGGAGUAAAGAAUAGAGAGACAAAAAAAAAAAAAAAAAAAUAUAAAAAACACUGUGAUGUUAUUAAAGGCCGACGCGACAUGGCUAGGAACGAACGCGCGACUAUUUUUGCAAUAUUUAAGGCAAACCGAAAAAACGUCUAGAGGAAAUACAUGAUAAAUAAUUACGAUUAACUUUUCCGGAAAAGGCUUUGCAACACACAUACGUGUAUACAUGUGCGCGUAUAUAUGUUUUGUAUGUAUGCAAGAAUUUCUUUUUCUCCGUGAUAAAAUAAUCCGAUAGUCGAAAGAACGAAAUAUUGAUUAAUAAAGCACAGUGCCAUACAAAUGUUCUGUAUCUUUGAGCAAAGCCUUUAAAAAAAAAAAAAAAAAACGAAUAUCAUCUCCUCUAUCUAGAGAGCCAA